AUGAGAUUGACUGUAGAGCUGACAAAACGUCUGAAUUCACUUAUGAAAGAGUUGUCUACAGUGAACUUCAGAGAGCUGGCUUCCGACUUUAACCAGAUAAUUAGUGAGGCAGACUCUCAGUCUCCGCCCCAGGAAAACCUGCAGGACCCAGAAUACAUCAAGAUCUGGUUUAGGGUCAAAGUGGAGCCCCUCCCUCAUUAUGUACCGACAGCCCUCCUGUCCUGCCUCAGCACCAAGAACUUCUCCUGCUCAGCUUACCAAUCCCUUGUGGCAGAAUUCAGUAAACGCGAGCAUCACCAACAUUAUUAUUAUCCAGAUUACAACGUCUAUCAACACUUCAUCUAUCCCUUUUUGAUGCAUCACAACAACUCUGGGUACUGGUGUAUCUCCUCGGCCAAUGAAAGUGAAUGGAUGAUAAAAAACUUUGGCGUCUAUUUGAGAUUUGCCCCCAUCACUGACUUGUACAGACUCUACCCAAACUUCUCUGGACUUAAGGUUCUUCACCUCUUGACUCCACAUCAAAUAGCAGAGAUGAUGCUGCUGCCUCUUCCUACUCCUCCUGAGAAAGAUGUUGUCAUCAACCGAAUAUUUGACUUCCUGUUUGAGUCCCCUUACGAGAGACAACUUGAGUCUGUCCUGAGCACCGUGGCCUAUCUCAGCUACCAGGAUCCUGCACCCUGCACUGUCUACGAACCCAUGUGA